AACAAACUCUGCACGAGUGCUUGAACAAAACUCGUUGUUGAGAAGCAUGAGCGAACGGAGAGAGUGCCACAAAUUCUCAUGCAUCGAUCACAGAAGGAAAGUCAGUCAACUGCACCAGCCGUUCGGCCGCAAUCAUGGCAGUCGCGUUUCCAUACACCUUCAUCUCUUGCCCCUGUUCUGAUGCAUCGAGGAGAGCAUUGACGUCGAAGAGGUCAUCGAGGGAUGUAGAGUUCGAUCGGGAUUUACAGGAUGAUGAAGAUUCGUUUGAUCCUCGGCAUCCUCGAUCGGCUUUUUCGCUCUUUCCCCCUGAGCAUCUGCUUUACUGCGAAGAAUGCCACGAUAUCAAAUGUCCAAGAUGUGUGUCAGAAGAAGUCAACGCCAUCUAUUGUCCACACUGUUUGUUCGAAAGUCCAAAGGUCGUGGCCAGAAGUGAGGGCGGCAAUUGUUGUCCACGAAACUGUUACACUUGUCCUAUCUGUAGAUCGCAGAUGAUCACUACUUCAGUUGGGGAUUCGAAGGAUGGGCCGUUCAUUCUCAACUGCAAUCACUGCAUGUGGAAUACACUCGACAUAGGCAUCAAGUUCGACAAAGCCACUGGUAUUCGUGGCCAGAUGGACGAGCUGGCAAAUGGCGGCAAGCCCAAACUUUCCAGGCAAUCAUCGCUUUCUCGGCCGCCCUUUUCUCCUGGCGAACAGAUUGAGACUCCUCAAGUUUCAAACAAAACCGUGCCAAAACCCCCUACCAAUGCAACUUCCAGGUUCGAUGCUCUGAAGGCGUUCUACAAGGAACAAAUCACCGAGUCUUCCGCCACAGAUGCUAGCUUUCCGACCUCAGCCCUCGACAUGGCAUACUCAUCACCGUCAUCCCUCCAACGAAUAAUGAACAUCUACACCAACCGAGAAAACUCGAUGAAACGAGCAAAGGAGAAAUUCACAAUAAUGCGCGAAGCUAGAACACCCAGUGAGGGUUUCAGAACAGCAAACACCCCUGAAUCUUUCGGCUACAAUGAAGCGAUCACGGCUUCUCAGCGAGCCUUCCAAUAUCCUUCCUUCAUAGGCAACGCAAACGCCAUGAAGGUCUCCGACCUCCGCCCAAUGCCAACACUAAUGCGCACAAAGAGGUCCAAACGCUGUGCGGCAUGCAAGCACAUCCUCACACGUCCGGAACUCAAGAUAAGCUCUGCGCGUUACCGCAUCAAACUCAUCGCACUCAACUACAUCCCUUACGUGACCGUUGUACCACUAUCUGUAUCUAGUGGUCUUCCGCAUCCGGGCCCCGAUGGUGCUGACAUCGUCCUCCCAGCCAGCAAGCCCGUGCAAUUUAUAAUGACGCUGCGCAACCCACUGUUCGAGGAUGUCAACGUCAGCUUGGGCAGUCCCAGCGUGACGCCGGGUAAGCAUGGCCAUCGAGUCACGAUACUGUGUCCCCAAUUCCAGAUAGGCAAGAACAGUGAUGCGUGGGACGACGCGCUGAACAAUCCGCCGAAUCGGGGCAUGGUGAACUCAGGCGGAGGUGAGCAGAUCGCCGGCAAAUUGUACGACCAAGGCAGGAACUGGGUCAGUAUCGUGCUGGAGAUCGUGCCGGCGAGUAUCUUUAGGAAGCAAGGCGAGGAGUUGGACGAGGACGAGGAUGUUAUCGAAAUACCAAUUAGAGUGAGGCUGGAAUGGACAGUCACGGAUGAGGACGCGGCUAUUGAAAGACGAAAGAGGGAGAAAGUUCUCGAUGAGGGGGAGGAUGUCGAUGAUGGGAAGAGGGAGUUGAGUUAUUGGAUGGUCAUUGGGAUUGGGAGGGUUGAUUGUUGAACAAGUCUUUUGCUAGCCGGAUGGAGUUGAGGCACAUAUCAGGCGUGACCUUUUCGAUACCCCAGGAUGCAUUUUUAUUGUUGGAAGUCAUACAAUAUCAUCCGCAGGCCGCUUGAGUUGGCUGGUCUAUCCUGCCUGGCAGACUUGGGAAGAAGGUCUUCCUCGGACAUCGAUCCACCUUUUCGUAUUCUGAUCUUGAGCGUUUCUGUAGAAAGCAAAAAACAUUGCC